AUGCUAAAUAUUUUUAUGAUUUCGUUUUCCGUCAAUCAGCAUGCACGUAUUUUCAGUGCGUUAGCUACAAACACAAAGCGUAAUGCACGUGCUUUAGUUAUUGGGUCAGGCAGUGGAUACCUCACAGCAGCUCUAUCGAUUUUGACUGGUUACACUGGUGUCACUUUUUCAACUCAACCUAACAAAGCAUUAACCGAUCUGGCUAAGAACAAUGUUAAAAAUUGGCUGAAACAUAAUAAGUUAGGUGUUAAAUUCGGUUUAGAAUUGGGAAAACAAAUAAUAUUUACAUCCGAUGGUGAUAAAACUGCUUGGUCAACAAAUGGACCGUAUGAUUUUAUUUUUGUUCGUACAAAGGAUGGUUCUGUUGUGCCUGAAUUGAAAAAACUGCUGAACCGCGAUGGUCGUCUAGUUUGUUUGCAGGGACCUGAUUGGGGAAAACAGAAAUUGUAUCUCAUACUUUAUUCGCAUUAUGGUAUCUAUCAGGAGUCAUUUUUGAUGAAUGUCGAAUAUAAUGCACCUCCUGACAAACAGCCACCACCUGCACCUACGCCAGCGCCUCCAGCGAAGCCUAAAGAAGAAACUAAAGUUGAAUCUAAAGAAGAAACUAAAGAUGAGUCUAAAGAAACCAGUGAUGUGCCUAAAAGAGAUACUAUUUAUGUGCCUCAAGUAGAAAGUACUGAUGUAGCUGAAGAAUACAUGAUUGAUGCAUAUGCAGAAGAACCGUUUUUUGAACCUGGCGUAUUUGAUCCUGACUACUUCGAACAUACAUCAAUGCAAGUUAAACGCAUUCCAGACAGUAAAGUACUCUUCUCACUUUCUAUAUCCAUCAUCUUAUUCAUGUCAUUAUUCUGA